AUGGGAGUCUUAUGUUGGCAAAUAGAACACAAAGGCGGGGGCCCGCAUGGGCCCGCUUUAGACAAUGAAAUAGCCUCCCUCAAGCUCCCGCUAAAAUCGGAGUUCAAGCGUAUUUUUUCGGGGAACCUGAGACUCGAUGAUGAAGAAGACAGGUCGUCUUUUGGGCCGGUGGUUAUGACGAAGGGCGAUGUGCCGGGAUCAGAGCUCGAGACUGACGAGGUCCCGGCUUCGGUGGCAGUAAAGGUCUCGGGGCUGCUGGAAGGGGUGACGAGGGGCCCACGGGCUGGAUUUGGGGAGCCUUUGAAAUCUCCUCGUUUUUUGGAGGAUGGGUUCGUGUGGAGUGAGGUUGUGGAUUCAGGCUCGUUACGGGCUGAGCUGACUAGGUUCAGGCGGAGGACCUUCGGCUGGGCUCGUUUCAUGACGACAAUGUUGCAUUGGAGCUCCUCCAAGCAGCGCUUCUCUUCGUGUUUGAGGAUCAUAAACAUCGUGAAGCUGAAGGAUCAUUUGCGAACAAGAAUCCGUGAUGUCCGAUUUCUGCUCUGCACUAGAACCAGUUGA